UUCAACAUUCUCACUACCAUGGGGAAUUAUUCUAAUGCUCGGAUGAGCAUGCCAAGCCUUCAGCUGGAGUUCAGGUAUGAUCCGGGUUGCAUGAUUGCGUUUCCCGGAAGGAUCAUGAGACAUGGGGUUCAUGCAGUGGAAGGGGAUCAGAUUGCUUGGGCAUGGUAUAUGAGGGAUUCCAUUCAUGUUUAUGCCAGGGUUCUGUCGUGUGGAUGGGCUAGGGUGGAUUACAAACAGUGA